GCCGCGUUUAUUGUGAGCGAAUCAGCUCCUUCUGAUUUUCUUAAAUUUGUAAUACAAACGUACGAUUUCGGGUAUUUUACCCUGCCCCAAACCCGACUUAACACCCGACAUCAGGGCCACUUGUCUUUCGGUUUUGUUGCGGCGUAUAAACUGAGCCGGUUUGUGGUGUUAUUUCUUUGUAAAUACUGUUAUUUGUAUAUACUGUAAAUGAUGACGUCCAUGGGCGGGAACCGAGCCCGGGGCAGCUGGGAGCAGACACAGGGGCAGACACAGAGCCAGACACCGCACAAGCAGAGGCUUCAGGCCACCGCAGAGCAGAUCCGGCUCGCACAGAUGAUUUCAGACCACAAUGAUGCAGACUUUGAAGAAAAGGUCAAACAGCUGAUUGACAUCACAGGCAAGGACCAAGACGAGUCUAUGAUAGCUCUGCACGAUUGUAACGGAGAUGUCAACAGAGCCAUUAAUGUUUUGCUGGAGGGUAGCCCAGACACUGACUCUUGGGAGAUGGUGGGCAAGAAGAAAGGCGUCUCGGGUCAGAAGGAGAGCAGCCAGGCAGAGACCGGAGAGGAAGGGAAGGAAAAUCGGGAGAAGGGAGGAGAGAGGGACUCAGCACGUCGCCGAGGUGGAGCUCCGCGCAAGGGUCGCGGAGGAACCAGCAGGGGGCGAGAGUUUCGUGGUCAGGAGAACGGCUUGGAUGGAGGGAAGGCCGGAGUCGUCGGAAGAGGAGCAGAACGAGGUCGGAGAGGAAGAGGCAGAGGAAGAGGAGCAGUUGGAGCGUCCGGACGGCGAGGAGGCAGAUUUUCUGCGCAGGGCAUGGGCCAGAUUGAUAGGGCGUCUUCAUGUGAUAAUGCAGUAGAUGAGAGAACUUUUAACCCUGCUGAUUAUGCUGAGCCAGCCCAGACAGACGAAAACUAUGGAGGAGGCAGUACCUGGAACAACACGGGCAACAUGGAGGCUGAAGAAGGCACUAGGGUGGAGUACUCUGCAGGAGAGGGAACAAAUUACCAGCCCAAGUUCGACUCCACUCCGGGUGCCUGGAGGACUCCUACAGAAGAGUGGGGCACUGAAGACUGGAAUGAAGAUCUUUCGGAGACCAAGAUUUUCACAGCAUCCAGUGUGGCGUCAAUGCCUAUUCCUCAAGAGAGUGUCACCAUAACUAAAGGACAAAGGAUCGACCUAGCAGUGCUUCUCGGGAAGACCCCAGCUCCCUCGUCCUCAGAGACAGAGAACCCGCCUAUGGAAACCCCCCAGCCCCCCUCACUGUCCCAGUCACUGGUUUUCAGCAACUCCAAACAAGGGGGUCCACUGUCCCAAACAUCCUCCACAGCUCCUUACUCUCAGCACAGCAUGGUGAGCAUGCUGAGCAAAGGCUUUGGGGAGGUGGGGGACCCUAAAGGAGGUACCACAGGAACCACCGGCUCUCAGUUCCUGGAGCAGUAUAAAACAGCGCAGGCUCUGGCUCAGUUGGCAGCGCAGCACUCCCAGACGGGACCCCCCAACACAAACCCUUCAUCCUGGGACACCAACGCCUCCCUGGGACAGUAUGAUAUAAAGGCUCAAGAUUCAGCGGUGCACACGCCCUUUACGAAGCGGCAGCCGUACCAGACUGCCACAUCGACCUCGUCCAUGUUAGAUGUUUUCCUGCAGGACAAAGGCCUGCCUCCCUCUUCUGUCUCCUCCUCCUCAUCUCUGCCCCAACAGCCGACCUCCUCACCCCAUAUGGCUCCUCCUCCAGCGUCCUCCCUUCCCAAGAUGGCAGUCCAGUCUUUAGGUCAGCAAGUCUCUCCCAGUUCCUCCGAUGCACAGGGUUCGAGUCCACUGCCUUUGCAACAGCAUAAAAUCAAACAGCAAAAGAAAAGGGCAACAAUCACAACAAAGAUUCCAGCCAUGGCAGUGGAGAUGCCUGGGUCAGCGGACAUCUCAGGGCUUAAUCUUCAAUUUGGGGCUUUACAGUUUGGGUCAGAGCCAGUGCUGCCAGACUACGAGUCCACCCCGGCCACCACCACACCAGCCAACCAAGUCCAGAACAGCCUCUAUACUAGCCCGAACAGUGAGUCAAAUGCAGCUCUUUCCAACUCCAGUCAAAUGGAUAUGUAUGACCAGAGACCACCUCAGUCCCGGCGCUAUCCUCCAUCGGUUUCCUCUUCCCCACAGAAGGACAUGCAGCCCAAGAAACCUGUGAGCUCACCUUCAUUCUUGGUUUUACAGAAUGGCUUCAGUUCAAUUCAAGCAACGCAAUCAGUGGAAGCUGCAGCAGGCUCUGCGGUAAAGUCCACCCCAGAUUCGGUUGCACCCACAACGGUCUCGAACAUGGGCACUUUGACAGACAACGGUUCAGGGCCCGCCUCCAUGUUGACGUCAUCCAAUCAAGCGUCUCUCAGUGCUUUGGGCCAUGGUGAAGACAUGCCUCCAAGCUCCCAUCCUCCCCCUCAACACAACAACUCCCUUUCGUCACAACAAAAUAACCUUGGGCCAUCUUCAGUAAGGACGUCGAAUUCAAGCUUAUUGCAUCCCAGUGUAGAUGGCGACUCAAGCCUACAUUCCUCUUCGUUCCCCUCCUCCGCCCCCUCUUCAUCGGUCCCCUCUUCUUCCUCGGUGGCGGCUGCGGCCCAGGUCUCGUUAGGGGGACCUCAGGCCUCCUCUGUGGGUCCGGCCACAGUCUCCGCCCCCUCUGGUUUGGGUCCUGUGAGUAGUUUGGCCAUGGGGCUCAACACGGGGUCUAUGGGAGUACCUACUGCAGCCGCUGCUACUGUCUCGGUCUCCUCUGUGGCCUCCUCCAUCCCGUCAUCGGCCACUUCGUCAUCUUCACGGAGCUCUGCAGCGUCCUCAGGAAAAGCACCUCCUAACCUGCCACCUGGAGUGCCCCCUCUACUGCCCAACCCGUACAUCAUGGCUCCUGGACUACUGCAUGCGUACCCACCUCAGGUGUAUGGUUAUGAUGACCUACAGAUGCUGCAGACGAGAAUACCAUUGGAUUACUACAGCAUUCCAUUUCCAACUCCAACCACAGCGUUGACCGGCAGAGAAGGCAGCUUGACAAACAACCCAUAUUCAGGGGAUUUGUCAAAAUUUGGGCGCGGUGAUGCCUCUUCUCCGGCCCCUGCCACCACAUUAGCCCAAACACAACAGAACCAGACACAGACCCACCACACGACGCAACAGCCCUUCCUAAACCCCGGACUGCCCCCUGGAUACAGCUACACGAGUCUCCCCUAUGCUUACACUGGGAUGCCCGGCCUUCCUAACACCUUCCAGUACGGGCCAGUCUUUCCGGUGGCCCCUACCUCGUCAAAACAACACGGAGUGAAUGUUGGGGUUAACGCAUCAGCCACGCCCUUUCAACAAGCGAGUGGCUAUGGUUCCCAUGGAUACAGCACUGGCUAUGAGGAUGUGGGCCAAGCUUCAGGGAGUGGGGAUUUCUGUAAAGGCGGAUACGGCACUGCCGUGGCCGCUGCCGCUUCUGCACAAAACAAGCCGACCAGCUCAGUGACGGGGCCCGGAGUCGGAGUUUCUGUGACGUCGAGCAACACGGGGGUUCCAGACAUUUCAGGGUCCGUUUAUACAAAGACACAGUCAUUUGAUAAGCAGGGUUUCCACGCGGGCACUCCGGCGGCCUCCUUCAGUCUGCCUUCUGCUCUUGGAAGUGGAGGACCCAUUAACCCCCCCACUGCUGCUGGCUACGCCCCGGCCCCCUUCAUGCACAUCCUGGCGCCACAACAGCAUGCCCAUUCCCAAAUCCUGCACCACCACCUGCAGCAAGAUGGACAGAGCGGCACUGGACAACGCAGCCAGAAUGCCACCAUCCAACAGAAGUCCCAGAUCAACAAGUCUGCGUACAACAGCUACAACUGGGGAGCAAACUAAUACCUACUGCCCACAACCCCACACAGAGAACAGCAGGGGGGCUCUACCCCUCUGUUAACAGUCUCCACAUCUAAACUCCCUCUUUCUCCCACGAAGAAGUCCUCCCAGUCUCUUGGCCCAGCACUGGCAGCUCUGGUCCCAAGAGGAGCAGGUGCUGUGCUUAGAGAAGCAGUAGUAGUCAUGCAUGGAUGGGAGGUGGGAGGGAGGGAGAGGGGAGCGAAAUAUUUAGCGAAUAACACCAUCUAAAGGUGAAAUUAUGAGUGUUGGGAAUUUGUAUCGUGUUAAUCCUACGCCCCUUUGCUUUCACUUGUAUGUAACAUAGAACUGUUUUCUAAAAGAAUGAGUGUCCUGUAUGGUCUUUUCAGUUGUGUCUCUUUCUACCCCUUUCUUUACCUAUGGGGAGGAUGAAGUGAACCCGGACGGUGGGGGGACAGGCUGGCUUUGUAUUUCUCACCCCUCGACUCCCCACUUCUUAAUUUCAGAGGAAAACCGUCUGUCCCAAAAAGCCCCAACUCAAUUUGCUUAAUUGCUGUUAAUUUUUACGAGUUUUAAGUUUGAAGAAACAAUUCUCAAAAUUGGUAGAGUUGUGCGUUUAUUUUUUACCAAAUAUAGAUAUAUUAUAUAUAAAGUCCUAUAAGCCAGCUCACUGGUUCAGACGUGGGCCGUAUGUUUGUCAUGUGAUCGCGUGCAUGUUUGUACAUGAAGGGGCCGUGGUUGUGUACUGUCACUUGGUUUUUGCCAAGUGCAGGAUUUUUCAUGGUGUAAAUUUGUUUUUGUUUUUCAUUAUUCCACACUUGUACAGUAAUGGUCCCAUGAACUAUUAUAAAUAUGUUGCUUCAAGGUCCUGCUUGUUAUGCAAGAAAUGCUAAGAAUGAUUUCCAGUGUAUGCCCUGUCUGCCCUGCAUUCGUUUGAGCCCCCCACCUCUGCUCUUCGGCCUGUCCCCAACACAAAGAAACUGCAAAGAAUUACUGAUGAACAGAAAUGUACUAUGUUUUUUGUCAGUGACUUGUUUUUCUUUUGUACUGUGCGUUUUAAAAUUUAAACAGAUAAACUUGUCUUGUACAUAUAUAAAAAACAAGUACUGUAGUCCCUGUUUGUCAAUGGCUUUCUCCUUUCCCUUCUUGAUUCCUUGCAGACUUGUUAGCUUUUUGUUUCAUAUAUUUUUUUUAUUUUGUAAAAAUAUAUAAAUAUUAAGUAAAUAAACAAUUAAAAAGACAUUUUCAUCAUUUUUGGAUGUGAAUGUCUUUAUGAAAUUA